UUGAAACGAGCAUCAUAGCUCAGCCAAGCGCAAGGUAAAGUAGACGUACCUUUUUACUUACCCCUCUCCAUCCAACACCAAAUCGUCUAUCGAAGCCUAGCCAAUCCUCUUUAUCUAUUCUCGACGAAACUAGCCGGCUACGAUAAAGAGACAAACGAUAGACAAUCACACCAUCACAAAGCAACCUUUGUCGAGACUAAAGCACCAAAAACCCCAAAAAUGCACACCAAAGGCCCGACCCCGCAGCAGCACGACGGCUCCGCCCUGCGCAUCGGCAUCGUGCACGCGCGCUGGAACGAGACCAUCAUCGAGCCGCUUCUGGCCGGCACAAAAGCCAAGCUGCUGGCCUGCGGCGUCAAGGAGUCCAACAUAGUCGUGCAGAGCGUUCCGGGGUCGUGGGAGCUGCCAAUAGCCGUGCAGAGGCUCUACUCCGCAUCCCAGCUCCAAACCCCAAGCUCCGGCCCAUCUCUGUCGGCCGGCGACCUGCUCGGCUCCUCGACCACAGAUCUUACCGCGCUCCCGACCACCACUGCCUCAUCCACCGGCCCCUUUGACGCCCUCAUCGCCAUCGGCGUGCUAAUCAAGGGCGAGACGAUGCACUUUGAGUACAUUGCCGAUUCGGUCUCGCACGGCCUGAUGCGCGUACAGCUCGACACGGGCGUCCCAGUUAUCUUCGGCGUCCUAACAGUCCUGACCGACGACCAGGCCAAGGCUCGUGCCGGCGUCAUCGAGGGCAGCCACAACCACGGCGAGGACUGGGGCCUGGCCGCCGUUGAGAUGGGUGUGCGCAGGAGGGAUUGGGCUGCCGGGAAGACCGAGUGAAUGUCGGAAUAUAAGCAAGGAGACAUGAAACCAUAGAUGAGUCUGAUAGAACGUCUCCCUAGGCCACUUUGGUUUUCAAGCUUGUCUGGCAUAUAAACAAGAAAAAAGAAUACCAAUAAACAGUGUCAAAAAAUCGAUCACUUUGUUGCGAUAAAAUAUAUGGUUCGAGAGGCUUAUUAUUAGAUUAUGGGCGAAGUUGAAGUAGAUGCCACAGGCUUCCACUCCAACACGGCAUGUCGGCAUUGGACUUUUGUUUAUUUGCAUCUUUGCCUUUGCG